CUUCCCCCGUCCUACCUAUGGUAGUGGUGGUGGAGAGUUGGCCCCUCAAGCUCUGAGAUCCGUGGCCACCCCAGCUCAGGAGCGUCGGCCCGCCCGGCCCCGGGGCCUGCCAAUGUAGCAGCGCGCGCCCUGGCGCGGCUCGAGGCAGGCCCCACCGCCUGGCCUCCGACUGGAACGCUCCAUGGCCCCUUGCUGGGCGCGGGCCGCGCUGCUGGCCGGCGCCGCCGCCGCGGCGCAGACCGCCGAGCGCUCCCGCCAGGGCGGGCAGCACGGGGCGGCGCAGGACGCCGCGGGGCGCCAGGCGCGCGCGGCGCUCGGGCCGAACUGGGGCGCGGCCGUGAUCAGCCUGGACCGGAGGCCCGACCGCCUGCGGCGCUUCGCGCGGGCCCUGAACGCGAGCGAGCCCUGGCUGCUGCGAAGCGGCCGCCUCUGCCGGGUGCGCGGCCGCGACGGCCGGGACUGGCUGGACCACCACCACGGCGAGGACCCCCUCGGGCGGGCGCCGGCGGUGCCCAGGCGCUCCCCCGAGGGCCUGGCGAACGGCAGCGGCCGCGUCCCGCUGCGCAUGAGCGAGGCCGUCGACGGGGGCUGGUUUUCGGACGGUGCGGUGCGGAUGCUGCGGUCGGCUGCGGCGAUGUGGCCAGCCAUGACCGCGGGGGGGGCUGGCCUCUACCUGGGGCACGCGGACGCGUGGCAGCAGGUGGUCCGCAGAGGCUGGGACUAUGGCCUGAUCUUCGAGGACGACCUCACGCUCUUCGCGCCGAGCUUCGAGGCCUAUGCCUCCAAGGCGCUCGUCGGCGGUAUUCGCAGCGUGGACUGGGACCUGCUGUACCUGCAGCACGACAACUGCGCGCAGUGGAAGAAGAACGCCCAGUACCCGUUCGCGCCCGGCCAGCUCUCGGAGGAGCAGGAAGCCCAGGGCCAGGUCUUCGACACCGCCGCGUACGUCGUCACGCAGCGCGGGGCCCGGAGGCUGCUGGCGGAGGCCUUCCCCGCCGGCCAGCAGCUGGACGCCGCGCUGAGCGGCAUGGGCGGCCUGCGGCGCGCGCUGCUGCUGCCGCCGGUGGCGCAGGCCGAUGAGACCGUCAUCCCGUCGAGCGGCAUGGCCUACAGGGACACGGACGUGCAGCAGGGCGCGCCCACGGACGCCUUCCGCCGCCUGCGCGGCGCCGUCGAGGGCCUCGCGGCGGCCACGGCCGCCGCGGCCGGCCCGAGCGAGGCCGCCGACCGCCGCGGGGGCCUCGCCAUCCCCGACUGCGGCGCCUGAAGGUGUGCAGUCGGCUUCCUCCCCGAGGGCGCCUCCGGCGACUCGUCAGCCCUGGCCGCGGCGCGGCGCCGCGCGGCCGCCGGCCUGUGGGGGGCGGCCUCCGCCGGCCUGUGGGGGGCGGCCGCCUUCCUGGCUGCACGGUGAUCGCCCUCGGUGGGAGACCGCGUAGAAUACCACCAAGCCCUCGGCCACAUACAAUAGCAGGAAGCCGCACUCGCAGAA